AAAAUCUACGUAUAGUUAAGAGGUGUUGAUUGUUGAUAAAAGAAAAAAAAGUCCGUUACUUAUGGUUUAAAAUAAAAUAAUGGCAAAGGCCUACUUCCAAGGAAUCUUAUAACACCAAAGGUUCUUCCAGUGACGAAGAUAUAACAUCAGCUCGACAUGGUCAAGUUCUGUCGCAACAGGCUUGCAAAGUUCAGUACCGCUUUUGUCGUCAUUACAACAUUCUUGAUAGGAAUAGACUUGAUACAGUUCUCAUCUGGUCCUUUUGUUUUUAAAAUUGGAAAGCACGCCCAAUUCCUUGGGCAGUUCCAGAUCAACUUGAAGCAUUUAAAACAAGAUGAAGAGAGCAAGUCCGUGCCAAUAUUCGUUAAAAUGCAAGAUGCCCGUGUAUAUAUAUUCUCUGCUAUCAUUACGUAUAAUGAAAUAAAUGAGAAAGAAAUAAGAGUUAGAAAAAAUACUGGUAUAACAUAUGUCGGUCCAAUGGCCAUAUUGUCUGGCUGGGAGUUAAACAAAUAUUCUUCAUCAAAUUUCACGUGCUGUUUUGAAUUAAAAGACGGUACUAUAGUUUCAGAAUUGUCUUGGAGUAAAACAGAAUGGAUGUAUGUUGGAAAAGCAAAAUUACAGGCAAAACAAUUUAAAUGUCCCAUAAAUGUUGAAGUUUCAGACAUCAAAACUAUCUCAAUAGCGAUUAAAAAUUCAACUUGUCCAAACAAAGACAAAUACUUUUUACCUCCGACUAUUGUUAAACGUCAAACUAAAUAUCAGAAUAAAAACAGCACGAAAAUUGCGAUAUGUGUCAAACUUGCGUAUGGUUCACUGGAUGCACGGAGGCUUAUAGAAUGGUUUGAGGUACAUAGAUUGUUUGGUGUUGAAAAGGUAAUAGCGUAUAUAUACCACCUGAAUUCCAAGGCAAGUAAAGUGUUGGAUUUUUACGAGAACACUGGUUUGGCUGAGGUGUAUGACUACGACAUUCCAGAGAAAGGAUCCAUAGCACGUGACGUUGGCGUCAAGCGCCUGCAGUCCUGGAAUGAUGAACAGAUAGCGUUGUUUGACUGCCAGGAACGACUAAGAAAUUAUGAUUAUGUUGCUGUCGUCGACACAGAUGAAUUUAUGAUACCAGUCACAAAGCGUUUCACAAAUGCAUGGAAAAUAUUCAUGGACAAGAAAUUUAGCAGAACAAAUAUUGCUGGUUUGUUAUUUUCUGUGAGAGUACACGCAGACACUUGGGGCCCCACAAAUGUUAACCAUCCGCUGCAUAUAGGACGGUAUAAUAAUUGCACCUUACCACUGUAUGACCGAGUGAAGGGGGUCUAUAUGCCGUCACGUGUUCAACAAGGAUCAGUUACUACCCACCUUUUCAGACCUUUAAGCGGCUACAGAAGGGUCGAUGCGAGAGCACAGGAGGUCACUAUGCAUCACUUCCGGAGUUGUAGAAAGGAAUGGCUCAGGCCUAAUACAGCUGAUACCUACGAACAACAUACUUACCUUUAUAACAAGAAAAACACAACAAAAUGUUUCGACCUCAUUCGAACUCCGUCAAAAAUAAUGGAACAGUUAGCGGACACAGUUAAAGAUAGAGUAAUCAUGAGAGCUGAAGAAAUCGGAGUCUGAAUUCAGGCAGUUUUGUCAUAUAUCAAAUAUAAACAUGUACAUUUGUAUGACUUGUGUAAUGGUGAACAGCGUACCGGAUCCACUUUGUAUAAGAUUGUAAACGCGACACUUUUUUUGAAAUAUUAUUAUUAUUGUUAUUUUACAAACUUUUAAACAACCGAACGACCUGACAAAGUCGUUAAACUUGUCAAAUAUUUAUAAUAUUUACUGUAGAUGUAUCUUCUCGAUAACUGUAGUCAUUAUGCAGAAUUAGAACUAAAUAAUACGAAACAUUUGAUCUGAAAUAUUAUCUGUUGCCACAUUUUAGGGAGCUAUUUAUUUUACAAAUAUAGUGAGUUAAGUUAGAUUAUAGCUGAUAAAAAUCUG